AUGAAUAAUCAAAUCUUUACUCAAAAAAACAACCAAAAAGCAAAAUCCAAAGGAGCUGACAAAUAUCGAGCAGCUUCAAGGUGGCACAGAAUUUGGCAAACGUUCAAAAUCUUAAGCGUGUCUGUUAUUUCUACCAUCGCUUUGUUCGUCUUUGUUUCGUUGGACGUCAAUCAGGCUCUAAAGGCAAUGGAAAAGGAAACAAACGUACAAGAAGCGGUAGUGUAUAGUAUAAAAGUUGCUGAUUUUAUCCAUCAUUUGCAAGACGAACGCGGUUUAACUGUGCUAAGCAUUAGCUCCAAUCAAGACAAAGAAAUUGUUGUUCGUUUAGAAGAAGCACGAAGAAAAACUAACGCAGUUAUGAAGAAUUUACUAUCCUUACACGAAAGUGCUAUUGAAAGAUUCACAUCCAUAGAAAGAUUUUCAAACCUCAUCUAUGAGCACAGAAAGAUGAUUGGUUAUGGAGGAAGAAAUUCGAAUGUUAACGAGGAAGUGGCGUUUUACUCUGAUAUUAUUCAGUUCUCGUUAGAUUUUCUGCUAGAGUCUUUCAGCAAGAAUUCUAUUGAUGAUUUUACGCUAAGUCUUCUUGGGUACCAGAUGUUUUUAGUCGCCAAAGACAAAACCGGAAUUGAGAGAACUCUUGGUAGAUCUUUCUUUUCUCGAGGCCGUUUUGAUGAAACUGAAGACCUAUUGUGGUACGCAGAGCAAAGUAUCAUGGGUAAGUCACUACUGAAGAGAAGCAUGAAAUACAUGCCACAGCUUAAACACCUCUACGAAGCAGCCAUCUUCAGUUCAAAUGACAUCAACAUGACACAACUCGUCCAGAUGCGGAAAGUUCUCAUGAAGAACGAACCAAGGCCAUCGAACAGUACAGCAGGAGAGCUGUGGUUUUCUCAUAUGUCCCAGUACAUCAACGUUCUUCUCCAAGUCCAGAAAGCUGCUGGUGAACGAAUAGUUACAGUUCUACAAAUGACAGUCGAUCAGCAGGAGCUACAGCUGAUAUUUCGCAUUACUAUUUUAGUCGUUGUUCUCAUAUUGACGCCAUUGCUCGUUCUAGCUGUCACGCGUAUGACAAACACUAUCCAGAAAUACGCAGCGAAGCUUGAAGACAUCACACUGAAUCUGAAAGAAGAACAGAAACGAACAGACAACGUGUUGUCGGCCAUGUUCCCUAAGUCUGUAGCAGAAACCCUGAAGAGAGGAGAGAAGGUCAAUUCUGAAUACUUUGACAGUGUGACGGUGUUCUUCAGUGACAUCGUCAAUUUCACCAACAUCUGUGCAUGUAUAUCACCUAUCGAGGUUACAUCCAUGUUGAACAGUAUCUACAGCGCCUUCGACGACAAGAUCGAUAAGUAUGACGUGUACAAGGUGGAAACAAUAGGAGAUGCUUACAUGGUUGCAUCUGGUCUUCCUGUCAGAAACGGAGGUAAACACGUCGAUGAGAUCUGUCGUAUGGCACUGGACCUCGUCAAGGUAACGGAGACUUUUAAACUUGAUCAAGUCCCUGGUGAGACUCUCCUCAUCAGGGUUGGGAUACACACAGGUCCCUGCGUGUCUGGGAUUGUGGGUAACAAGAUGCCAAGAUACUGUCUGUUCGGGGACACCGUCAACACAGCCUCAAGAAUGCAAACGACUGGAGAUCCACAGAAAAUCCACAUCAGUGAAAACACCAAAAAGGCAUUGCAGGCUUUUCAUUAUUAUAAAACAGAGUUUAGAGGCUACAUUGACGUUAAAGUAAGUAGCUGA